AUGGAGCAAGACGUCAGUGGCGGGGUCAAGAAACCGUUCUGGGUGGACUUGCCGUACACAGACAUCCACCUCUCCAUUACCCCAGACGUCUUGCAUCAGCUUUACCAGGGCGUAUUCAAGCACCUGGUAUCUUGGUGUCAGGAUAUCCUGGGCUCCAAGGAGCUAGAUAGGCGUCUGCGCACGCUUCCCAAGGCCUAUGGCAUCCGACACUUCAAGCACGGUAUUUCGUCCCUCUCGCAGAUCACUGGCAAAGAGCGCAAGGACAUGGCUCGUGUGCUCCUGGCCUGUCUGAUAGGCAAGAUUCCCAAGUCUCUCCUUCUCGCUUUUCGCUCCCUCCUCGAUUUCAUCUACCUCGCGCAGUACCCGACGCACGACGACGACACCCUUGGAUACAUGACAGAUGCCCUGAACACGUUUCACAAGCACAAGGACAUCUUGGUGAAGCUGGGUAUACGCGACCACCUCAACAUCCCAAAAUUCCACUCCCUUCUCCAUUACGUCGACUCUAUCCGUCUCUUUGGCACCACGGACAACUACAAUACGGAGAUGUUUGAGCGUCUUCACAUCGACUUCGCGAAGGAUGCGUGGAGGGCGUCCAAUCACCGAGACGAAUUCCCCCAGAUGGUGAAGUGGAUCAGCCGCCGAGAGAAGAUGAUGUUGUAUGAGCUCCAUUGCGCACCUGGAUUCACCACGGCCCUGGCGACCUUCAUCAACGAUUUACAGCCCUCAGAACUUCGACUUAAUCGACGCGAAUUCGCGCGCACCUGGCUACCCUUUGAUCGUGUCGACGUCUAUCACAAGUUUCGUUUCAGCCCUUGCGAGUUGUCCGACGGUAGGGAGGAGAUAGACGUUGUAAAAUGCAUCCCUGGAUCCAUUGCGAAGGGGAGAAAAUCUCGCUUCGACACAGUCAUUGUGCUCGAGAACGAGCAGGCCGAGUCCACCGGGGUACAAGGUACGCGAGCGGGAAGAGUGAAGGUUAUAUUCACGCUACCCAAGAAGUUUCACGCGAGGCGAGGAGGCGGAUCGGCCCCCGCAUGGUGGCCCAAAGGACCGCUCGCCUAUGUGGAGUGGUACACUCGGUUUUCCGGUACAGCUGAUCCAACGCAUCUCAUGUAUGCAGUCAAUCGACCGCCGCUACGCUCGGAUGGUCUGCCGCAAGGCAAAAUCAUCCCAGUAUCACAAAUACGCCAGUCUUGCCAACUGGUACCGGCGUAUCCAGAUAGGUCUCAAGGUGUUGUUCCGCCAGACUGGACCUCUGAGAAUGUUCUUGACAAAGCUGACAAGCUUUUUAUUAACAACUGGGCAAGCAUGUACUCGUAUCAGACUAUGUGGUAG